AUGCCCAGUUUCUUGAGACAAGGCCAUGUAGCCCCUACGGUAUGGCUCCUUGCAACACUUCUCAUUGAAGAUGCUUUCAAGACUAGGCAGACAGUUUGCCCAAUCUACUUCAUCCGCAGCUAUGCAACCCCAGAGGAGUUAUGGCGCGACUGCGUACUAGACCAUAAAAGAGACAUCUACAUGUACGAUGGCAUCAAUCUAAAUGCACGAGGGCAUCAAUCUAAAUGCACGAGGGCAUCAAUCUACAUGCACGAGGGCAUCAUCAUCUUACACAAGAUCCUAAAUCUCGACACCGGUAGCCUCAUCACUGGCUCCGCGCUGCUUGACAUCAAAGGUCUCAGGAAUAUAGAGAUGGACCAUGUUCUUGCCAUCCCCCUCCCCUGGCCGCGCACCUGGCAGCAACAGAAGAACCGCACCAUGGCGCUACGCAUAGCGUAUAACAGCAAUCUAUUCCCUGCCAAUGAGCGAAUCAUCGAGAGUAUGCGCGAGGAGAGAGUGUUCCUGGCGGCGGCGUGGAGGAUGCCUGGGUUGGAGAUCUGCUCGGAGGAAUGGCUGGCCACGAAGUGGGAAUUGAAUCUCAGUGGACUAAAGAGGAUGAGGAAUUCGAUAGGAUGGUAUAGUAUAUAUCUAAACUCCCUGGAAAUUAAGAGCGAGUUCUGGACGAUUGAAUUGCCAUAUCUGAAGCUAUCCAGCUAA